UCUGUAAAAAAUCAAUAAAAAUAAAAAAUAAAAAGAAUGGACUCAUCCUGCAGUGUGCAGGGGAAGAACUAAGUCAGCCCUCACACCCAGCCCAGCCCAGCCCAGCCCAUCGCAGCAGCACAACCUGUGCAGUUCCACUCAUCCCUUUGAGGCUCCAGCCUGACAGCGGGUGCCCGUGGGUGGUCCUCUCGGAGGUGGACAACCAAACGGAGGAGAAUAACGACAUGAACAAACGGAGGCGGAGAGGCUUCAACAGCCUGCACGAGCGGCCAGCCUUUUCCAGCCGGAGUUUGGGCUCCAGUCAAGAGGGCAGCGUCAGUAAAGAAGGUGGGAAUCAGAACAAAGUCAAGUCCAUGGCAAGUCAGCUGCUGGCCAAGUUCGAGGAGAGCUCUCGGAACCCUUCGCUCCUGAAGCAGGAAUGCCAUGUCUCGGGGAUAGGUAAGCCUGUCCUUCGCUCGUCCUCUGACCCUCCUGUUCACUCUCGCUGUCUCCAGCCGGAAGAGCCCACGGCCAGCCCACCGCCUCCUCUGAAAAGGCAGCUCCCCUCCGUGGUUGUGACGGGGCAUGUGCUCCGAGAGAUAAAUCAAGUGUCCGCCGGUGGCGAGUGCCCGAGCCGGCCCCGCAGAGCCCGAGCCCAGUCUGACCUGCAGCUGGGGGGGCGCGAAGAAAACCCUGCCUGCCAGGGGGCGCUGGCCCUGUCGGGGGUGCUGCGGCGGCUGCAGCUAGUGGAGGAGAAGAUUCUCCAGAAGAGGGCUCAGAAUUUGGCCAACAGGGAAUUUCACCAAAAGAACAUUAAGGAGAAGGCGGCUCACCUGGCCUCCAUGUUUGGACACGGGGACUUCCCGCAGGUAAACGGGGUUUCAGAGCCCCAGGAGCCCGUGAGGCGGCCGCGACUCAGUCUCUGAAGCUCCGUGUCCUCCUUCCCACUGCUUUUAUAGCAGGAGGCACGAUUCACUUGUCAAGCCGCUAAAGAGU